AAGGAUGGCUUCAAAGUGGCUGUUGUGAUGCCCAAUCUUGAUGAGCUCCUACAAGAUACACCAACACAUGUAUUUGCUUCUGUCUGGUACGAGUGGAAGCAGACAAAACAUUAUCCUUUACAUUACAGUGAACUUGUCAGGCUGGCAGCUCUAUACAAAAAGCAACAAGAAAGGUUGUUCAUGAAGAUAAGAGAUGGAAUUAUUGAUGGUGAGAAGACUACUAAAUAUGGAUCUAAGUUUGUACUGGUGAUAUGCAAUAUUUCGGAUGUUAGCAUAUAUGAUAAUGGAUAGUCCAUUGAAGUUGCCUGUGGCACAUGGUAAGGGUUUUUCAAGAUCACAUGUUUCUCAGAAUUUUUCUGCUCCGAGUGAGGUUUUUUUUAGCAAUAUAUGCCAAUAGCUGAAUUAUAUGAGUUUUCCUUAGGGAAAAAUAGAUUGUUGCUUGCUCCAACAUCUCUUGGCAAAAGCCAAGAACCUUAUGACAUCAUGAUCGUGUUAGAAUAUGUUCGCCAUAAAUAUAGAAAUUUAUGUGUAAUUGUACCGGUUUUCUCCGAAAUGUCUAAGUCACAAUCUUUUUCCUGUAUCACAUUGUUUGAAUAAUGAUUGAAGGAUUGACU